AUGCCAGUUGGUGUACACGCCCAUGCGAAGUUCUUCAGAUGCUGUUCAAUUACAAGUAUUUUAUCAACUGGAAGUAUCAGAUGGACAGAUAUUCGUGCCUCUGAAACUUCACCGGAUGCAGCGUCUGUGUUUUUGUAAAGUUUGACAAAGUAUGGCAUCCAAAGCUGUUUAUUCGCAUAGAGACCCUAUGCUGAAGAAAAGAGAUGACUUUGAGGACAUUUUGGAGGAGCGGAGGAACUCCAGUGACCUGAGAUACGCCCUUAAAUGUUACACUCCUGUUCUGUACAAAGGAGUGACGCCAUGUAAAGCCAGUGUGCUGAAGAGCAUGGUGCUUCAGUCUGAUCAGCUUCACUAUGUUAUCAAUCAGGUUUCCAAAGAGAAAGGCAGGGCUAUUGAUGACGUCCAGGAUGAGGCUUCAGCCAUCUUGGAGGAGAUGGCUCAAUGUCUGCAGCUCAGCACCGUUCGCUUCUUUGCCUUUAUGCUCAGCAAGGUCUUUAAAACCUUGUUCAGGAACAUCUGUGUAAAUGAAGAGGGCAUCCAGAGGCUUCAACAGGCCAUUCAGGAGCACCCGGUAGUCCUAUUACCAAGCCACCGAAGUUACAUGGACUUUCUGCUGAUGUCAUACAUCCUGUACACCUACGAUCUGGCUCUGCCUGUUAUCGCUGCCGGCAUGG